GAAAUGAAGUGCGUCCGAUUCUCAUUGCUGUUAAUUGGCCUUUUGGCGGCUCCUGCUGCCUGGGCUCGAGUUCCCUAUCCGGAGGUGGAGCUUCCUCCAAUUGUCCAGGAGGAUGGGAUCUUCGAACGGGUCGCUGUGGCGCCUCGUGCAGGAGCCUGCAGUGUGACCAUUCGCGGUGGUCUUCCCAGUCCGCAGCCCGUGUACCUGAAAACCGACUCCGAGGACUUCUAUCCCUUCUCCGAUGUGGGUGUGAUGGAGUUCGAGACGGGUGGCUCCUUCCAGCUGUGGUGUGCCUCCGGAUUCAACUCCCAUUCCCAGACCCUGCUCACUGCUAGCUGUGUAAGUGGCACCACCUUCAGCGUGAACGGAUCCCACUUUAAUUUCAAGGACCUGUACUGCAAGUCCUGGCCGGGAUUCAAGGCUGUCAAGUCGGGAGAUACCUGCAACGGCGGCAUUGUGAUCCGCGUUGGCUUCGAGAUCACCUCCUCCAGGUUUGCCGAGCAGAUGAAGAUUUGCUUCAACGAAGAGGAGGAGGUUACUCGCUACACUCGCCACAAGUUGAAACCGGGCAGCAAUUACUACGAGACACGUGUGGGCAGGAUGACCUUCCAAACGGCUGGCUACUUCAAUAAAAAGAAUGUGGAAAGGCUGUACACCCAAGUCACACAGCUGGAGACGAUCAACAAGGAUCUUGGCGGCGAUGCUGCCCAGUACUUCGACAGUGCCACCAACGUUUUCCUGGCCCGUGGUCACCUGGCUGCCAAGGCCGACUUCAACUACGGUACCGAGCAGAGGGCCACCUUCCUGUUCAUCAAUGCCGCUCCCCAGUGGCAGACCUUCAAUGCCGGCAAUUGGAUGCGUGUCGAGGAUGGUCUGAGGGUCUGGGUGUCCAAGAACAAGUUGAAUGUGAACUGCUACACCGGUGUCUACGGCGUGACCACCCUGCCCAAUAAGCAGGGUGUGGAGACCCCACUGUAUCUGGCCAAGGAUGACAAAAACAAUGGCUUGAUCCCUGUGCCCAAGUUGUUCUUCCGCGUGGUCAUUGAUCCCUCUUCCCGCAGGGGUAUUGUCUUUUUGGGCGUCAACAAUCCCCAUCUCAGCGAGGAACAAAUCAAGCGGGACUACAUCAUAUGCACGGAUGUCAGCGAUCAGGUGACCUAUAUCAACUGGAAGACCACCGACAUCAAGGCUGGCUGGUCCUACGCCUGUUCGGUCGCCGAUUUCCGGAAGACCGUCAAGCAUAUUCCCGCCUUGACCGCCAGGGGAGGUCUCCUCGUUUAAAUGGUGACCUAAUAAAACCCACAACUUUUCAGAAUUUUA